CUUUUCCAACACCCGCCAUUACAGAAACCAGAAUGAGACAAAUACCGAGACAGAACGAAUAGCAAAGAGCAAAAGAGAGAAAUACGAGGGAGGGCUUAGUUGGGUAGAGAAAGAGAGAGAGGGAGGGAAGGACGGAGGGAGGUUGGGUUGGCUUAGAGGGGAAGAGAUACGGUGAGGGCGACGUAAAGCAUGUGACGACCGUUGUCUCCUUCUGGUUCGUGGAGACUCUCGUUUCCGGGGAAUGCUAAUUCUAUUGAUCCCCGGUUGGGUACCGUUCGUUUCGUCUUUGCGCUUGUAGGCAACAUUGGACUCAUUAUGAUAAUCAGUUGUCAGUAAGAAGGCAUUGGCUUCCUCAGUUUUUUAUGGAGAUCUGCUAGUUUUCAUUACUAGCAGAUCAGAAUCUAUUCUUCUCUAAAGUUAGAAUUUUCAGGGGUAUACAGAUCAUACUUUAAUUAAAUGGUCUUAAAAUUCUUCUUCUCUUUAUCCUUGAAUUUCUUUUUCCCGUCUCUGCUUGCUUGCUUUCUUAUUCUGAUGCUUUCUUGACCCAUCAUGAGCAGACAAACUGUACUGCAUUUAACUCAUUAAUCUUGUUCUCUGAAUUUGUGUCCACAGCCUUUUUGUUCAAGUUCAGCUUUGCAAGUCCAUAGACCGCCUUCUUCUUAUUCUUCUUAGUUGUUGAGGAAACCCUCCAAGAACCACUUUAUUGAUGAUAUGGACCUUUAGUUUAAACCCCCCCCCCAUAGUCAUGUUGUUUAUUUCGAAAUUCUGUUGGAACUGGUUCUAGCAGUAGGGAUGAAAAACUAGAGAGAGAGAGAGAGAGAGAGAGAGAAAGAAGAAGAAGAAGAAUAAGAUCCCUUUCUUGCGUUGUUAGGAUUUAUCCAUUGCUGGAGAAUAUGGUUGAUACAGUUGAGGCUACUGAGAAUGGUGUUGCUGCUCCUGUCAGAAUAGGGACAACAGGAACCAUUGGUUCUUUGAUGAUCAGAGAAUUAGAAUCCAUGAAAGUCGCACAGAAGACAGCUGAUCGUCCAAGGAAAAGCACACCGACUACUCCCGUCUCAGUUCUUUGUGGUAGCACUCCCAAGAAAGCGCCAGCAAAGAAAACACUGCCAACAGAACCUGGAACCAGCAGCAGCAGUAGCAGUGGAGGUUGCAACGGCGUAGCCGCCAAAAGCUCCCGAGCCUCUCAGAAAACCACAAGAAAUAACCAGCUUAAAACAGAACAUCAGAUACCUAUGCUGGAUUCUGAAAAUGGGAUCAUUGAUAAGCAGUGUUGCAGGAAAAUGACUGACAAGAAGACCUCAACUUCUGGUUCAGGAAGUUAUAUUGUGGAAGUGGUGGAUGUUAAAUGCGGCGGGACAGAUAAGAUUUGGUCAGGCCCGAUUACAAGUCUUAAGAAGCUUGGGUUCUCCAAGCUCUCUGAUACUUCCUAGAUGAUAGAAAGCAAAUGACAAGAAAGGAAAAGAGGGAGAGAGGUAGAGAGAGAGAAGAGCGCAUUUUUAUGAAGAAAUGCAAAGAAAAGCAAGAAUCUUGGAAUCAGGAUCGUCUGGUUUCUAACUUCAGACUUUUGUAAUCGAG